UAACCGUUAUAUGGCCGCACGACUGAAAUUCUAUUCUCCUUUUCUUUUUCCCGUCACCACCCAUGUUGGUACAUAUACGUUCACUGUUUCACGGCCCGCCUCUUUCGCUAGUUUGGUCCUCAGUUUCUUCAGUCUAAUAAAACGAAAGAGUUAAAUACAUCUAUGGUUCUAAAUGGCAUACCUGAAAGACAUAGCGAGGCUGGCAGAUGGGCUAUCUUUGGUUGCCAAAGAGGCUGUCAACCGCCAACUACGCCACAACAACUUGCAAUCGUUAAUUAAGAAGACUCUUCUCUCCGCCACCGACUUAACCGGACUCACCAAGGGCAAGGUUCGACAAAUCGACAAGGAGAUCGGUGGAAAUUCCGCUGUACAUCCUGAUUCGAAUAAACAAAGCGUUGUUUACUUUGGGGAUGAGAAAACUAGCCCCUCUAGUUCUAGUACGUUCACUUCCGAGUCAGAGGUUGUGCCCCAAAUUGAACGCGAUUUACCGCCGGACGAAGUUGCUGCGGCUGAAUUUCAUGAAAAUGUAGUACAGUCUCCGUCUCAAACUGCUGUUGGGACAUCCAUCGAGGGUGAUCCUCAGAAAGAUUCAUCACUCUCUUCUGAAAGCAACGCUGCUGAAGCUGUUGGGCCUGCCACUCCGGAGCUGGUUAUCAAGAGGCAGAGGAAGCCUCGGGAGAGGAAAGUGCCGUCCACUUCUUU